CACAAACCACAGCCUACCUUUCUUAUACCCAUUUCUUUUACCUUUACCGUGUAUACCUGCCUACCAUCCCACCAAUUUAAACCACACAUUGCAUGCGACACCUGGAUGAAAUGACCGAUCCUAGAACCGGACUCUACCAGACGUUGGACGCUAGACCACCCCUACCGCAAAAGUCACAGUCGGCAUCCACUUCCAGCGCCAGUAUCCACUCCAGUAGUAGCUCUGGUAAACCCAAGGGAAUUUCCCGGUCUCCCACGGCCAUCACUAACAUCAGUGCCCUCGUGGCUGGCCCAGAGAUCACCGGGGCCCCCAAGUCUCCCAGAAGGCAGACAUCGUACUCUACCCGUCAUCCAUCUGUAAGUACUCCUAGCAUUGCCGCUACUACCAGCCCUUCUAGGGAUGCGCUUAAGCCGCCGCCUAGUAUCUCCCGAUCCAGAACGUCACCCGUGCGGCGGCGAGAGAGGGACACCAAAUUCCACGUACCCAUGCCCGACGACGCUACUGUGAGCAGACUCUUCUCCGAUAUGUUGGCCAAGAAGAGCAUCCGCGAAUCUCGAGGUCUAGCAAGCCUCUCUGCCAUCAGAAAGUGGGACUUACUCCGCAAGGAGGACACGAAAUGGGAACUGCUACGCAAGGACGAUUCAAGAUCCGGCCCCAUGGACACUGAAUUGUUUGCCAAACUGGCGGCCCCUGCUACUAGAGGCCGCAGCUACUCUACAAUGAAAAAAUGGGGUCUCUUCAACAAAGACGCCGAUGAUACCAGCAGAUCGUUCAUGCCAAACGGCACGGAGCCCAGGCUGGUGAGUCCCCUGGCGUGGGAACUGGAACCGAUGUCAGUCCCAAAAAUGCGCCUCUCUAAGGGAAACUGGAGCGAUGGAAUCUAUGCACAUCCAUCUUCUGGCACUAGUUCGUCGGCCAACCCAGAUUCAGAGCGGUCGCUUUCCUCCAGAAACCUCAAAGACGGUGUCCCCACCAAAGAUUCAGGCAAAUAUUCCAAAGAUGCUAAUAAGACCUCCAUAGAUUUCAGGGAAGAGUCACAUCAAAAAACUUCUUCCCAUGUUGCACCAGAGCCUUUGGUAGUGGAGAAACAGCGCGGGGUGAAGGUCAGGCGGCCAGUGGAUCCAAAGCCCACCAAAUGGACUUCUGAAGCCAAAUCUGUAUCCUACACACAUUCUUUUGGCGCACUGUCGUAUAUCGCGCAGCUCGAAGCGAACCGAAUCUCGCUCAAGUCGAUUAAGGCACUAGAGGCGAAGCUUUCGCAGUUCAAGGAGCCCGAGCAGAUGACAUGGCUCCAAAAUUUUUUCGCCCAGAAGGGGGCCCACCAGCUAUUGGUAUACCUCUCCACCAUCAACAUUCGCAGCAUCAAGACGAACGAUCAGCUAGAAAGUGAGUUUAUCAUCAUCAAGUGUUUUAAGCACCUCAUUGAUGCUGAGUCGUUUCUCGCGGUGAGCACCGAUGGCGCCGACGCCAUAGCGGUAUCCGAGCAACUUGCAAGUCAUGGCCGCUCGCUCAUCAUGUCGCUCAUCUCGCCGCGGAUUGGCACGCGCAGCUUAGUGACGGGAGUACUCACAUUUCUUACCUACAACUCGCCCGAGUCCUCACCCGCGCUUCUCUCGGACUUCAAACAGGUCAAGACGUCGCUUGGUGACCCCACGCGAUUCGAGAGCUGGCUCCGCGCCGUGGAGACGACGUUGGAUGGGCGCGGUAUCUUGGGCUCACUUGUAGGUGCGUCGUGGGCCGUGAAGCGCGAGCACAAAGCGCUGAGCUCCGCCGACAAAAUCCUCCUCGACUACUGCCUCACCACGCUCUUCCUCAUCAACUCGUUGCUUGCAAAUACUCACAGCCUCAAGCUGCGUGUGAAGUUGCGUAACGAACUCCGUACAAGUGGUUUGAGCAAGGUGUUUACCAAGAUCAAGGUGUUACAAAAGGACAAGCUCAUGGAGCAGAUCGAGAUUUACGAAGACUAUGCAGAUGAUGACUACGACCAGUUAAUGCUGGUGACGCAAGAAGAGAAGGAUAAGGCUAUGGUCCCCUCACCAAGCCAAUACUCCAUCUCUUCUGUCUCACGUGAGUUUUUACCUACCGAAGAGGCUCCUUCGUGGGGUUAUCUUCACGACGCUUUGUUAGUGCACUUCCAGGGCUCUGCAGACGAGCCACGGGUAACGUCAAUCCUCAGGAGUCUCAUUUACAUCAAGGACCAGCAGCCCGCCUCUGCCAGCCAGCUCUUGGUGUUGGUUGACUACAUCGUCAGGCACAUUGGCAGUGUCACUUCCACGACAUUGGAUCCCGAAAGCGUCAUCGCAGCCUCGAUCCAGCGCUUUAUGGACCGCUUGGAGACGGACAAAACAGCCAAGCGCGCAUUGAAAGAGUCCCACGACUUGACGGCUGAUAUCGCGAGAUUGAAGCAGGACAACGCGAACAUGAUCGUGAAGCUUCUGGAAAAGGCACAACUGAGUAAUGAGAGCGAGUUGCGAGUGCUCCAGCGUAUGUGCUACGAGCGAGAUCAGUGUAUUGUGAAUCUCCGUGAACAAUUGCUGGCUUUCUCUGGAGGCCAUGGUGGAUCUACCUCUGGCAUCGCUGAAAGUGAUAUUCGUGGCUUAUUGACUGAAUCGACUAAUCCUGUAACCGGUGCUGCAAUCGGUGACACUACUGUUUGUGGCGUUUCUACCGGUAUUGGUGGUUCUGUUACUAGUACUAUUGGUAUAGGAACUGAAUUUGUUACAUCCGAUACAGAUGCUUCUGUCUCGGGCUUUGUCCCUACCUCUGCUUUCUCCGAAACAAUUCCGUCGGUAUAUAACGUUCCGGUUUCAUGUCAAAGGAAUCUGCUAUCUGUCCCACUGGUGGAUGGCUCCACCCCAGUGCACCCCGAGGUAAGAACGGUGUUGGGUGUUCCGCCGUUGCCCCCUGGUUUCCAGCCAGGCGCUGUCACUGGUUCUCUGCCGUCUUCCACCGUCGCCGAUACUCCCACUCUUCUGGCCAAUACGUAUGGCACAAAUCCAGCUCUACUUUCGAUGGUCUCCCGACUCGAUCCUGAAUCUCCCUUUGCAGACACUUUGGAUAUUCCUACGCCUCCACCGCUUCCUGCUAACCUCCAGUCUGCUGGUACCCAUUCGCUUCUGGUCUUCCAACCAGGCGCACCACCACCCCUUCCAGUUGGGCCGAAACAUGGAUCUACUGAUUCAGCACCUCCACUUCCUCUGGUUAGUACCGGAAUCCCUCCAUUGCCUGUAACAGGCAAUCCACCACCACCACCACUUCCUUUCAACUUCCAGUCUGGAGACUCCGGAAUUCCGCCGCCACCGCCUCUUCCUUUAACUCUUACUGGUGCCAUCGCAGUCCCUGGUUUAACCGGAAUUCCACCGCCACCGCCGCUUCUGGCCAACGUCAAACCACCCGGAACACCUCCCCCAUUUGGAGGGCCCCCACCACCACCGAUGCCACUGAACUUACAGGACGCCUCAUUCAACAACAUUCAAGAAGUGGGCUCUGUUCCUGUUACCCCAUUCACGUCACGAAAAACAUCCGCAGCCGAUCCCGUGAUCCUGGUGAGGCCGAAGACCAAGCUCAAGCAAAUGCAUUGGGACAAAUUGCACAACGUGAAGAACACGUUCUGGAGCGAGUUCAAAGAUGAGGACGUCACACAAAAUCUCCUUAAAGUGGGAGUCUUUGAUGAUGUUGAAAAGAUGUUCCCGGCAGUCCCAUUCUCGCAAAAACUCAAGCUUAAACAGCGCAACGUAACAGAUGAGAAGUUCACCUUUCUCCCGCGAGACUUGGCCCAACAGUUCGGGAUAAACCUCUACAGCUUUUCCUCGCUCACCGAGCAGGAGUUGGUACACAAGAUCCUCCAGUGCGAUUCUGAUAUCAUUGAUAACAUGAACAUUUUGGAGUUCUUCAACAAACCGGAGUUGCUGGAGAUUGGGGACACUCUUACCAGGAACUUUAUGCCGUUUUCCACAGAUAUUACGAAGAGCCGCAAGGCCGAGCGCUCACCAGAGGAGUUGCAGCGCAUUGACCGCAUAUUCCUCGACACUUGCUUCAACCUCCGGAGCUAUUGGAAGGCCCGCUCGCGGGCGUUGCUCGUGGUAAAGACGUACGAGCGCGACUACCACGAUUUAAUGAAGAAGCUCAGCUUCAUGGAAGAGGGAACCGGAAUUGUACAGGCGUCGGAUAAAUUUAAGGGGGUAUUGACGAUCAUCCGGUCGUUAGGAAACUUUAUGAAUGACACAUCGAAGCAGUCCCCUGGUUUCAAGUUAGACACAUUGCAGCGGUUGAAGUUUGUUAAGGCUUCCGACAGUAGUGUCACGUUUUUGCACUACGUAGAAAAGGUGGUGCGGAACUCGUUCUCCGAGCUCGGUGAGUUUGCGGAUGACUUGCGUGACUUAACCCACCUUUCCAACCUUUCCAUUGAACAAAUUGAAUUGGAAUGCGAUCAGUUUGAAAAGCUGAUUAGCAACCUCGAAGCGUCACUUGAGCGCGGCAAUCUCAGCGAUCUGACCAAGUUCCAUCCGGAUGACAAGUUCAUGAAGUUUGUCAUCGGUCCGUUGAAGGAGGGGAGACGGAAGAAUGUGCUCUUGCAAUCCCGUGCCAAAGCCGCGGUUAGUGAGUUUAACCAGCUCCUUGUUACCUUUGGUGAGAGCACCAAGGAUUCAGCUGCCCGUAACAGUUUUUUCUCAAAGAUUUCGCACUUUGUGGCUGAAUACAAAAAGGUUUAUGUGGAGAACAUCCAGAAAGAGGAGGAAGAGAAGAACUAUCUCAGCCGCAAAAAGAAGCUCCAAGGGAAGGAAGUGGUCAAGGACCAAAUUUCAACAGAACGCGAACGGGAAGAAACCACCCGUGAGCUUCUUGAGCAAGCCAAGUCUGAGGCCAAGGAAGAAUCUGUCAUCGAUACUUUGCUAGAGAAGUUAAAGGCCGCUGGGCCUGUGUCUCAGGGCACCACAGCGCAGAAGAGGCGGGUCAGACGACGCCGAGCGUUGUCAAUCAUUGACGAUAACUACAUCAACCAGGAACCACCGGCCGACGUAGUUACUCGAACGUUUGAGAGUGUCCAACGAUUAAAAUCCAGGUUAAGUGAGCGUGAGCGAGGAAAGUACCUCACCGACAGAGCCCAUCGUCAGAACGGAAGUGCCGAUGACAACGACGAGGUAAUCUCGCGUGCCCACGCGUUGUUGAAGAGGUUGAAGGGAUAUGAGCCGUCCGACACUGAGAAGCUGGGAAUGGAGAUGAUGGAAAAUGAGAUGGUAAGGAAUACUGAAACUACAGAAGCGGGGAAGAAACAGGUUGAAGGUUUGGAAACAGUGGCAGUAUCGAUGCCAUUGCCUAUUACAAACAACGAAGCCGACCCGAUUCUCGUAUUGCUGGUAUCGCCCGAGUCAACUCAGGAUUCCACCAUGAUAUGGACACCACAGGUCAAAGAGGUGGAAUUGUAGGUUGGUUUAAACGUAUCUGCGGAUACCUGUUUCUAUUAUGUAGCUGGGUCUGAUUUUCUUGAAUACAAUUCGUAAAUUGAGAAAGCCAUGCAUACAAUUCAAAGAUUAUUUCCGCG